AUGGAUUUUCCAGGGGUUACAGUUAAAAACAAGAGCGGUAGCAGUGAUGAAAUUAUUUCUCAAGGUCAUUCGCCCCAAAUCCCAUCUGAUGUGGCACAACACCCCAAUGAUGAAUGCUCCAUCCCUGCCGAUCCAGCUGGGCAUAAUUUUCCCAAGUCAGUGGCUUUUCUGUGGCAGGUACUAAAUGAUAUGGGCCUCGUGGAAACAGCCAAAACACUCCGUGGUGAGCUUACUGCGACAGAAUUCAGAAAAGACGUAUCAGCAAGUCCUAUUAUUUCCGCAACUCAGAACUUAAAUACCAUUGGUUUCACUAACCUCAACAUCACAACAGAAAUCGAUAAAGCAGUGAGCGAUCAUGGAAUUGAAGCAAAAGCAAAACAGAAAAAUUCCAUUUCUUUUCAAUAUUCACCUCAGUCACUAUCUUCAGCUGAUGAGACAAAGUCAAAAUCGACGCCGUCGGAUGGUGAUAUUCACACAGAUCAUCAGCCCAGUUCAUCUCAAAAUUUUAGUUUUCGGUCAUUGCUUGAAGAGGUUCUUAAGGAGAAGCUUGGGGAAAACGAGCAAAAAACUAUGAAAAUCGUACAAGUACUCAGUUACUACACGGUGGAACCCCUUACAGGUGCUCUAUCGUCUUUGGAACACGUUCAAAGGGGUUCUUCGGGCUCUAGCGACGACGUAAUGAAUUCCAUAGGCCAAGUGAAUCGUGUGGUUAAUGUGCUUAGCGAUCUUUAUGAUCAUCUUACUACUGUAGCACUUGCGAAUACUUCUGUCAAUAAUUUGGCGUGUGAAGAAUAUGCGCAAACCACCUUCCCACUUUCAUCGCUACCCUCAGUCCUGAAGAGAGUCUUCCUUCUGUACUGCAGUAUUCUGUUGCUACAACAGAAUAUGGCCGAAAAUGAGAUUAUAUGUGACAUCGCUUCUAAAUGGACUACAUGUAGUGCGCAUUCACUUCAAAAGGAAAGCAAUCUUCAAACUCAAACCAACGCCGUGGCGCAAGAGGAUCCAACUUUGUACAGCGACGACGAUGGGACAAAGAAGCUUGAAAGAAAUCCAAAUCAAGCGUUUUCAAACGGCCAACCCACUACUGCAUCAAAUGGGAAAACAAAACCUCGCAAAAAGCGCCGUGCUUCCUUAUCCAAGAAGCCCACCACCUUUGAGGAAGACUACGAUCCUAACAAAGUUAGUUCUCACAGCAUGUCAGUGCCGUCGUCUUCUGUAUCUAGCAAUGAAGAGGAAAAGACACACACUACGAAGGCUCAACAACGAUGCUUCCAUCGGAAUGACAGUCACUCCACCACCACGCAAGGCCUACUGCAGCUCAACAUCCUUCAGUGUGCAUGCCAGCUCCUCUCCUGUACACACACCUUGCACAUGACGCUGGCAGCGCACCACGCCCAGAGUCGCAGGACGUCGACUACAGAGGUUUCUGAAAACAAUACAUCUUCAGAUCUUAGACAGAACAGCAGCAGGGUAGACCGAGAACCUUCCCCUCUACACAACUCCCCCGCCAUCGAGAUAAUAGAGCAGGCUCUGAAAUUUAUGAACGUGACAAACGGGUUGUGGAAGCGGAGGGCCGAGCUGGUGCUUCGCCGAGUCCUGCAACGUUCAUCGUUGCCCUAUGGCACUACAGGGAGUGCAGUGCCAGCUUCUGUGAUUUCCUCACAUAAUCCCAGUGUCGGUCAAGGUGUUGUAGAAACAGGAAAAGUAUCACCUGUUGGUCACCAAGCCACUACUUCUCCAGGGGUUAAUGGGUGGCAGGAUAUGUUAACCAGUAUACAAGCUGUCGCCGAUGCGUGUCGUGCACCAGCAUUUCAUGAAACCAAUAAGGGAAAUGCUGGGGUGGCAACUGAGAAAUCGGAACUAUAUGCGGGAAUGGAAGCAUAUUUCCUACCGCGGUGCCCAUUUUGUGACUGCAAGCAGAGUGACACAGACAUGCCCGAGGAAAAGAAAGGGGGGAUGACUGAGGAAGACGAGAAUCGUACCGAUCGCGAAAAAAUUUCAUUUGUUAGAAUUUGGCACAUUGCAGAACGCGCUCGAAAUAUUUUGUGGAUACUUCAAUCUGCAGAAGAGCAUGUGCGGCUUAUGCAUCUCUCCACAGGAUCGACCCAUUGCGGUGAUAAACGCAACAAGGCCCUUGAGGAAGCCAUUUCUGUUUGGGAGGGACAGUGGGCUGCACACUGCGGGAAUGUUUUGGAGCAAACUCUUCUCGUCCGGCAUGAGCACGGUACUGCUGUUGACAAUAAGGAGGGUAACCAAGAGAAGAAGGAGGAGUUUAAGGCAGGUUCAUGUCUCAUGCCUUCCGGACGUUUAGAGUAUCGGCGGCAUCGCUACGAGAGGCUAUUCAAAAACUUUUCUAUAUCUCUUUCUGCUGUAAAAGGGGAUAAAGGCACCACGCAAAACGUCUCUGGACAUCUCCCUGUAAUGGAUCAUAUGACUGAUGAAAAUCAGAUCCGAAACGAUGGCGCGACAGCAAGUGACGGUAUGCCGUAUUUGUCGCCUAUAGGCGAAUCCCGGAAGUGUGGUAUUGCUAAUAAGGAUAUGAACAAAAAGACUUUAUGGGAUGUUUUUUUGAACAGCGUGUAUGUUCUGAUGGACGGCUUUCGUUCAGCGGCAGUCCAACUGCUGCUGGACAGCCCCAUUUUCGACAUCGACACCACCCCUUCAAAAUGUAUAGGAAAAUUUGCAUCCUUACAAGGAGAAGAGGUGUCUACUCUUCCUGGUGGGAUUCCAGGGCUAAAAAGCGCCAGCAAUGCUAAUCCUUUUACACACAUGGGACAAGCGAAGCGAUCUCGCGUGUAUGCUCAAUUGUUUUCAAGCUUUGUGCCUUUUACAAAGGUAUGGAAAACAGGACAGCUCCAAUCGGAGUCCCAUGACCCAUUUGAAUUAAGUAUACAUCGGGGUUUUCCCAAACGUAAUGAAAGAGGGGAUCCGUCGUCACUCCAUUUUGCCGAAAAAGGCAACGUUUCAGAGGUUUUCCCUUAUGCCGAAGAUCUGUUCAUAACAUACAAGGCUACCUCCCAGCAAUCGCACGGCGUGGAGUGGGGAGAUGAGUCCGAUAAAACGCAGGCCUAUCAAGACAAAAGUCCCGAUGAUUGGGCAGCGGGACGCAGUGAUACGAUGGAGAAUGCUCUAUGUGCUGUUAUGCGUUCGCUACAGAGCGGCAUCCUAAUGGAUGGCACGCGGCGUGAGCGGCGCAUUCGGCCCCUGCGUCAAUGCCUUCGACGUGCCCUUGCGCAUCAGCAUAUAAUUCUAAAUGCCCAGUUCACAGAGGUGCCCUUGAGGCUUCAGAUUCGUGCGCUGCAGAAUUCCACAGUUCUGGAAGCUGUAAGAGCUACAGCGAGUAAAAACAAUUUAGCCCCUGGUGAAAUUUCUGAAGAUCACCAGAGUGGGGCCAAUGACCACAACGCGACUCACAACCAACCCACAGGCCAAUUCGAAGCAGCGACGGACAUACUCGAUACCCUUAAACUCUCUAUGACAGGUGAAGGUAAUUUUUCAGUUAAUAGCGAAGCUGCAUUACUGCCUACUUCAGCAACAGCUGAGAACGCAGGAACCAACGCUGGCGUGUUGUCCGCCCGAACGCAAACCAUCUCUUCCAUCCACCUUUCCAGUGCGUCUCAAAGUCGAGUUGAGGAGGAGCGUGCGGAUCGUGAAGCCAGACAACGACCGAAUACGUUUCCAAAUACAGGAUUUUCUUCACCAACCCUUUCUGCUAUUCGUCGUAUCGCACAGGACAUCGGCAUGACAGUCGAACGCGUUAUUAUGACAUCUGAUAUAAUGAACUGGCGCAUUGAGGGCAGAACUACACCCCCUGUGCCGAUGUCUCCAUCAAACAUUGCGUGGAAUGCUGUGGAUGAAGAGACGGAGGGGCUCUCAGCUCCUCAACUAUCGCAACAGCAGGCACAACCGUAUCGUCUCAAUAACGCAUUAAUGAAUAACACAACCACAGCAGAAGAGGAAGACUCCCCCGCCUCCGAUGCGAGUUCGUCAAAAAACCACUUCAAUCGAGCCGCGGAUGUGAUUGCAGAGGAGGUACAACAGAUCACAGUGACGCCCUGCGGUACCCUCGUGGCGUUCGUGACAACGCGUGGCCGGUUAGUUGUCUACGCGCUGCGAGAGCACGCUGAGGAAUCAAACUACAAAGAGGAGCUGCUCAUCGACACGGUUCUGCCAGGAACCCCCAAGCAUCCCCAUUGGUACGAAGCGCAUAGCGCUAUUGUGUGGUUCUCCCCUGACGGACGUUUUGUGAUGGCCUCUGUACAGUUCAUGCCGAGGGGUGUGGCUGAAGGAGAUGAAGAGGAUGAUUUCCGUUUUGUUCCACCUUCCACUGGUCAUAUUUGCAUCUUUUCGCUAUACAAGGAAAGAUAUAGUGCUUCAGAAUUCUCAUCUAUUUCAAAUCAGAAGGGCUCUCCCAACGUCAAACAGAAGCCCUUCAAGAAGCUGUUUCAGUUGCCUAAUCGCCUUUAUGCAGUAUGGGAGAUUCACUGCGCUCCUAUCACUGUUGCGCGAUGGGUCGACCCACGAUUUUGGUGUGGUGGAUGGACGAGCCCGCAAGAUGCGUUUCUCGAUUUACAACGCAAGGAGGAAAAGUCUAAACUUGCCACUGAUCAACAGUCCUUUGUUUCGGUAUUUCAAUCCACUACAAAUAAUUUUGUGGACAAGCCAGAGACGACCAAUAUGCCAAUGCUGGCGUCAUCUGCCGUAUGGCAUAUUUCUGCGCGAGCUCGUUUGGCAGUCUUUCAGUGUUUUUCGGCAGCUUUGGAUGAUCUUAUCAUACGCUGGCUCCCAUGCUCGGGCGUGGUGCUUCAGCGUAUUGCCGCAACACUUGUACAGGACCUCAUUAUCUCACCACUUAUGACUGCUCUCUACACAAUUGAUGAUAAAGGAUUCCUUUCAAUGUAUGAUGCAUGGAAUGAAGCUGAGAAGCAUGACCCUAAUAAUCUGGGAUAUUUAUCAUCAUCGGCCUCCAGCUUGAGGGCACGACCCACCGUUACAAUAGGUAACCGUGGCUUACCCGCUUCUGUUGCUUUGCUUCAAACACCUGAGGAAAAGUUCAACCUCUCGUCGCGGCGACAGGCUAAAUUGAUAACAGACCAGGAACUGCCGCAUGCCUUUUUUUACGGAGCUCGCAUCAUACGGUUUGACCGCAGUGACAUCACCGCUCAGCACCGUACUAACCCAGAAAAUUUGGCCGGCACCAAUUCCAGUAGUUCCCUAUCACUACUGAUGACAGGCACAAAUGGCAACAAAACUAUCGAGUCUGGUACUGGUUCAAUGAAUUACCUCUCUCGCUUUCUACGGCUUUCAGCCACAGGUAUGGCGAGUAGGGGGGGGAAUCCCAGUUCUGGUAACGUUGGGAAUGACUCUUUACUUUCGCAAGGUAUGAAUUCCCAUCGUUCUGCACAGAUAGGUCACAAGCUGAUUCAAAGUGUCCUGGCUGUGCAAGUGUCGAGCCCGCCGCCUAAUAGCGUUUAUUUGUCUCCCUCAUCCAACUCCACAUUGCGGCCAAACACUACUAGCGAGAGUGAGGAUGAGGCAGAAGAAUACCUUAAUGUUGUCAUGAAGGAGCGCGGCGGUGUAUACUCCCUGUGUGUUGAGAAUGAAACGGAUGCUAGAAGUGUCCCAUCCUCACGUUUUACUCCACAGGUUGCGCCUUCACAUCAGUACCGAGAUAUAUCUGGUAUCCCCAAUGCGCUUUACAAAAGCUGGAGUAGGCUUGUCUUUUCUGAAAUCGGUCGUGCCUUGUGUCUAUCAGGAAAUAUUAUGCCUCUGCGGCAUGACGUCAACAUUGAAAACGCUGGGAUUCCUUAUCGUUUGCUUUCGUUGGCGAUUUCGGGACAGCCUCAGUGGAGCUCAGCACAGCAUGAUGGCAUUGAUAACAGUAAAGCUGAAGAAGCGAUGUAUCGUACCCUCAUUUAUUUGUGGGAGUCGAGGAAGACGCAUGGGUUGAAUUCCAAUCAAGCUAUAGACAAGGCUCAAGAUUCUGAUCAAGGGUACAUGACGGACAACAAGGGUGUUGAUUGUGAUGAUAUCAUUGACAUUGACGAAGUUUUUUCAAUAUCCUACUUUACAGAUUAUCAUUCCAGAGGCUGUAAAACUCACAAUGAUGCAUCUUAUAGCUCGUCCAAAGGUACUUACAACCACAACAAAGCUCGAAGUGAAAGUCAUGCAAAGUCGGACAGAUCCUUUGAGUUUGCCGCGCGUUCCGGACAUGUUCCCGAGUUAUAUUUGGAGCCCACCGCUCGAAACGGGCGCUAUCUCGCCCUGAUGGCUUCCGUCGGCCCACAGCGUGUUCUUGUGGAUCGCAUGAAUCCUCUUGAGCGUCGACCCGGCCUGUACAGCUGCUUGAUCUUCGAUACUUAUAUGAGUUAUGUGGUUCGUGUGGUGGCCGUAUGCCCUGUGCAGCCAGUCGCGUCUCUUUCUCAAAACGGGACCAUUCCUAGCCAUAAUGGUGCCAUAAAGGCACCGAUCUUUUCACUGCAGUGCUCACUGACCGUGAUUGGCUCCAAACCGGUCGUGAACCGUGAGUACGACGGAUUGGCGAGGUCCACCCAUUCUUGCUAUCGCGAGGCGAACCCGGCAAACUCGAUUGAGAAUUCGAAAGAUCGAAUAUCAGCGAUACCGAGCACGGGAGGGGACUCUGAGAAAAUUAUUCUCACAGUAGGGGGUCUACACAAUACACUUUACAUAUUCGACGCCCUUUCAGGGGACCGCGUUCGCACCGUUAAGCUUCGGGAAGCGGAUUUUGCUCGAAUCAUUCAACCCUUGAGAACACACGCGAUGGGAGGUGCGGCGGCGCAAGACUUGUGUGAGGGAGAACUUCACAGGGCUUCAACAAUUUCGCUAUCUCUACCUGCCGACGGAAACAACAUUAAUACCAACAACCGUAAGGGUGUUGCGAUUACAAAAGAAGGAAAAUCCGUCGGAUUUCACUAUAUGCGCGGUGCAAAGCUGAAGGUUAGCGUGGAGGAUAUACUCUGUUCGUUGAGCACGUGGGGCAAGUUUGAGGGUCCCAACCCAACAGCUCGCUCUGCUUCUGACAACGCAGACAGUCGGACAGAAGGAGGAAGACCUAUUGAAAAAACCACAAUGCUAACCCAUUAUUACGAUUUCGAUAAAAUACGGUCUCUGAUGGCGGAUUUAUCUGAAGGUGAUCACACCUGGAGUAUGAGCGGGGAUGAGUGUGAGGCCAAUGGAAAGUAUUUCAGUGAGGAGGUGCCCAAAGGGAAAGGCGAGUUGGAAUUACGUCACCAUGGGGUUCGGCACCUUAAGCACAAGAGCCGCCACUGGCUAAUUGAUCAGCUCGUGCGGCGUUAUGGUUUGUCCCUCGUGCUGUAUGCCCAACAAUGCCUCACGUCUGUGAUUUACUGGCCCGCAGAGAUGGGAGAGCCCUUCCCAAAUGGUUCCCAUGGCAUUACUGUCCAUGGCCGAAAUCACCUUGAGAAGGGCCCUCAAGGAGAGGAUCAAGCAUGGUUCUCAGAAGCUCAGUGGAAGAAUCCAGACUUGCAGAGUUUGUUUUCUCCACAAGGAGGGGAAACAGAGGGAAGAAUGUUCUUUACCAAUAUGUUCAACUUAUCCUGCCACUUAUGUGUGGGAGAGGUCACUCAAAAAUAUAGAAAUCCUUUGUCAGGGCCCAGGGAUCAUCUGGACAAGCACUGUGGUAAUAUAUUUCAUGCCAGGGCUGCUUGUUUUGAUGAACCUUUUAAAUUAGCUGUUGAGCAGCUGAUAGAACUUUCACAUGUGAUAGGCGGAAUCACCCAAGGUGUAAAAAAUGGUAGCCGAAGCUACAAAUCCUCCCCCUUCGCUGAGAUGGUGUCUGAGAUCUGCAGGGGUGACACCACAGUAGAAGAACCGGUGACCCUGAAUGCGAACACCAACAACUGUGAUACACAAGACAAUAACCAUCUGCACCUCCCCGACACUGUCGAUAUAGAUUCGAAUGCUCAACAACCGGAAAGCAUUUUUAAAGAGAUCAUGGAUAACAUACCCAAUGGAAACAACAAUCGGAAACUUCUAAACUGUGGUGUCGUCAACACGGUGGCCACGUGGUGGAGCGAGGAAGGUUCUGGUGCGUCAUCGCAAAGGGGUGCAUUUUAUGUGCUAGCGGGAACAGAAUCAGGGCAACUCCACAUUGUUGGAGGCUUUUUAUAA